AUGCUAAACGGGUACACGUUCUCCAAGCACUGUCGCUCAAUGAACUUCUAUUGCUCGAAGAAGAACCAGGGCUGCAAAGCUAAGGUGAAGAUGGGGAAGGACGGGAGAAUAGUUGCGAAUCCUAUCGAGAAGUGCAUCCACAACCACGCUCCGCCGAAAUAUGCUGUCACUUCAACCGGCUUUUAUUUCAAGAUAGCAUCC